UGAUUCAUUAAAAAGAGAAAACAAAUUAAAAAAAAAUUUAAUUGUAGGGAACUAUGUUGAUUAUACAGAUUCUCUAGAUGCCGUAAGUAAUAAUGAUUAUUCUAGACAUUCACUAAACGUACGAAGCCAUACAGGUGGUUCUUCUGAGUCUUUAGAUUCUCUGAAACUUGAUGAUAUUCUUGAGUAUGUUGAAAAAGAUGAAGAAGAAAUAAAUAAUACAGCUUAUGAUCAAAAUAUAAAAAGAAGAUAUUUAGAUACAAACGGUUAUGCUGGAGAAUUUGGGGAUCUCGAAAAUUACAAAAGAAUUAGGAAAAAAUUAGAAGCUAUAUAUGAAGGUAAUUUUUCAGAAUUAGAAGCAUUGGAAAAUGAUGAAACUUUUACAAAAAAGAAGUGUAAUAGGAAUAGAAAAGAAAAAAAAUGUAGAUAUAAACAGAAUGUAUAUAUAAACAACAUAAAUUCCUGCAGUGAUAUAGAGUUGCUAGAUUUAUUCAAAUCCAACAGCAGUAUCAUUGACGAUGAUCUUAAUUAUGGAAAUAUGAGCAAAAAGAAUUUAAAAUUUAAGGACAAACAUAAAAUAUCUAUUCCUCAUGUAAAACGUCUAAUCCCCUUAUUACUUAUAGCAUAUAUAGGUUUUUAUUUUGUUUCUCCAUUUUCAAUUUUUUUUAUCACUUUAUUCUUAAUUCACAUUUUUCAGUUUAUGUACAUAUAUGUUGAAAUAGGAUCCAAAUACGGAAUAAAAUUGUCGAAACCAGCUUCGAUUAAAAGAAUACUCAAAAGUUUAUUUAUUAGAAAUUAA